UGAAUGCUCAACACAGAAACAAGUGUUUACAUAAAACUAAAAAAUCGAAAACAUUCUAGAAAGAAACCUAUAUUAUUAUAUGGGUUUGAAGAUCACAAGGGUUAACUGAUGUCAUUAUUUUGGAGUGUCAUCCGUCAACUAACAGAGAUUGAAGCCAUGGCUACUUCAAAGAAGGUGAUAACAAGGGAAGAAUGGGAGAAAAAACUUAACGAUGUUAAAAUUCGAAAAGAAGACAUGAACAAAUUGGUUAUGAAUUUUCUUGUCACCGAGGGAUACGUUGAUGCAGCACAGAAGUUUCGCAUGGAAUCUGGCACUGAACCAGAUAUAGACCUCACAACCAUUACAGACCGUAUGGCUGUUAAGAAAGCUGUACAGUCCGGUAAUGUUGAAGAUGCAAUUGAAAAGGUUAACGAUUUGAACCCUGAGAUCCUAGAUACGAACCCGCAGCUAUUUUUCCAUCUGCAGCAACAAAGGUUGAUAGAAUUGAUUCGUAACGGAAAGGUUGAAGAGGCUCUAGAAUUCGCCCAAGAGGAGCUUGCUCCAAGGGGAGAGGAAAAUCAAGGUUUUCUAGAGGAGCUGGAAAGAACGGUUGCACUGCUGGCAUUUGAAGACGUGAAGAACAGCCCUGUUGGAGAUCUUUUAGACAUAUCACAGCGUCUAAAAACCGCAAGUGAGGUCAAUGCAGCAAUCCUUACAAGUCAAAACCAUGAAAAAGACCCGAAGCUACCAAGUUUGUUAAGAAUGCUUAUAUGGGCUCAAAAUCAGCUUGAUGAAAAGGCAGCUUAUCCGCGAAUUACAGAUCUUUUCACAGCUACUCUUGAAGACCCAGCUGUUUAAAUCCGACAUUCGUCACAUGCGAUUUGAAGAGUUAAAGCUCAUGAAACAGAUGUGACGUUUGUUGUUUUGAAUUGAAAAUGUUUUCAUGAUGUGUUGCAAUCUUGAAAAUCAGUUGUCAUGACAAUUAUAUGUGGUCUUGUAUGAAGGAGUUUUAACAUGAUUUGAUGUGAAGAAUAUAUAAUGUUGGUAUAUAAAAUAUUGUUCUUUCAUA